AUGGACUUAGCUGGUUCUGAGAGAGUUUCUCUGACGAAAGCUGCUGGUGAGCGUCUUAAAGAGGGGGCUAACAUAAACAAAUCUUUGUCAGUAUUAGGAAAUGUGAUAAGGCAACUAAGCGAGGGGAAGGAGUUUAUCAGUUAUCGCGAUUCGAAAUUGACUAGACUGCUCUCACAGGCUCUUGGCGGUAAUGCCAAAUCAUUGAUUAUCGGGAAUCAUGUGGCAGACCAGGUUGAUAAGAGGUACUUGAUUAGAUGCAGUUAUAUUGAAAUCUACAAUGAAAAGAUCAAUGACCUCCUGGAUAAGAGCAAUCAGGGUUUAACUAUAAGAGAAGAUAUCAAAGGAAAUGUGCUGCUUGAUGCAAGGGAAGCUGUCGUAGACAAUGUUGAUAAAGUUAUGGAGAACAUGAUGCAGGGCAAUAAGAUCAGACGAGUUGCAGCUACUCGCAUGAAUGAGAGGUCAUCUCGAUCACACACGAUUUCCGGAUUAUUCUGGAGUCGAAAGAUGCCAAUCAGAAAGAUGGACCUGUACAUAUAA